AUGGCGACGGACGACGACGCGCGCGCGCGCGCGGUGGAUCUGCGACGGAAGCUCGCGGGGGCGAUCGCGAAGGGGAAGGCGCUGGAGCGAGAGAAGAUCGCGUUGGAACAGGCGCUGGCGACGUCGCGGGCGCGCGAGGCGGAGACGACGACGGAUGGGACGGACGCGGCGGCGGUCGGGACGGCGCUGACGAUCGCGCGGGCGGAGCUGGAGAGUUUUCGAGCGGAGAAUGAGACGUUGCGGGCGCGGCUGGCGCGCGCGGAGGCGUCGAGCGAAGACGAGACGGACGGCGAGAGCGAUGGGACGAGCGAGAGCGACGAGGACGGUGGGCGUGGGCGAGGGACAUCGAGGUUGGCUCGGAUGCGAUUGCGGAUCGCGAGACACAGGGAUGUGCGGGAGGCGUUGGAGCGCGCGCUGCGGGAGACGCGAAACGAGGCGGAGUCGACGACGGCGUCGGCGAACGCGGAGAAAUCGGCGGCGGAGCGGGCGAGGCGCGAGGCGGAGGAGGAGCGCGAGGCGGCGGCACAGGCGAGGUCGAACGCGGAGAGUGCGCACGCGGAGAGCGCGCACGCGCGCGCGGAGGCGGAGGCGCGCGUGACGACGCUGGAGCAAGAAAUCGAGCGCCUUGGCGACGAGCUCGAGCGAGCCGAGGGACGGUUAACGCACCUCACGCGCGCGUUCGAGGCGAAGGAGGAGGAGUUAAUACGACAGAUUUCGAGCGCGACGAGCUCGCACGGCGCGUCACGAGUGGAGACCGACGGUGGUCUUGAACGAGAGCGAAUGCUCGAGGCGGAUUUGACGCGCGAGCGCGCGGCUCUGCGCGAGGCGCAGCGCGACAUAGAGCGUUUGAGAGCGAGCGAGGCGGCGACGAUGGAGAGUUUGCUCGCCGCUCGCGCGUCGGAGAGCGUUUGGAAGGAGCGCGCUCAGGCCGCGAUGUCGGCGGCGUCGCAGGCCAAGGAGGCGUACGAAUCCCGACAAAAUCACGCUGCGGCGGACGGCGGCGACGCCGUAGUCGAUCUCACGGCGGCCGAACAACGCGCGCGAGAGGCCGAGACCGCGCUCGCGGACGCACGUCAGGAGCUCGCUGCGCUCGCCGCCGAGCGAUCGAACGGAUCGACGACUGGGGCGCCUAGAGAAGCAUCGACAUCCGCGCUUGCCAGAAGACUCGCCGAAUCCGAGGCAUUGGUGCUAAAAAAGAACGAGGAGAUUUCUUCGCUCACGCGACGAUUCACCGACCUAGCGUGGCGAACGACGAUGGAGAAGAAGCACGGGACGGCGACGCCGGUCGCCGGCUCGGCGAACGUCGCCACCGACGUCUUGGAACCUUUGGCAUACAAGCGUCCGAUGAAUCGAAGGCUCGAAACCAUCCUUCGUCACCGUCGCUUCAUCAUCGGCUCCUACCUCGUUCUUCUCCACUUGCUCGCGUACGAAUAUUUGUUCUCCACUUCAGCGCACUAG